UCAGUUUUACGCAUGCGCACUACGUCAACAUUGUUUGUAGCGGCAGAGAGAAGACCACCGAAACAAUUGAUGUAACUCUGUAGUAGAGAUGCAUACAACAGCAGCAUUUUAUGUUUCAUACACGAGACGGACGUACUGCUAAUUGACUCAGCACAGUGUUAAAAGUGUAGCUAUUACUACGAAGACACUGCUAUAUUGCCGACUUGUUUCGUUGCAAAAGAGUUCCCAGCCACGUCAACUUCGUCCGUGGCAGUAAAGUUAAAGCAUUCAUCGGAUCCAGAAUUUAACAGGUGAAACAGUAUAGUAACCCCUUUAAAUGGCUCAACCUUUGCCGAAACACCCCACAAGACAUUGAAAGGUGCUUGUAUGUGGAGUCUCUAUCAUGUCAACUUGUUGAUGUGUUGCCAAUGACCCGUAUUCCUAUCCAGAAAAUGGAGGCCGAUAAUUGCCCUGCUGGAAACAAGGUGGAACAAACAGAUUCCUCACCUCAACAGGAGAACACUGCUUGUGGUGGACCUGCUGUAGGUGAUCCAGACAGUCAAAGCCAGUCACAUAAAGCUGCCUCCAAGGCUUCCCACCCUGAAUCAGAGGACCUGGACUCCUUUAACCUGAUAGAGCCCCCUCCUCUGGACUGGAGGUCAGACGACUCUAGUGAAGCAGGGUCAGUGGAAGAGAUGGAUGAUCCCAGCUUUCCUCCCUCCUCUGUCGCUAUGGACAGUCCAGAGGAUGUACUAGGUGAGUCCCUAUCUGCCGUGGAUGGAGUAGGUGAGUCCCUACCUCUCUUGGACACCAGUGACACUGUAGCUUUACCUGUGGCAGUUAGCCAGGAGGAGCUAAUCAACUUUGCUCCUGAGGAUAGAACCCCAACUGAACGGGUCCUGGAUCCUUGUGAAAAGGAAAGAGUGGUGGAGGAAGAGAAGAAGGUUGAGAUCUGGAGACCAGGUGACGAAGACCACACUCGGAUCCACCACUUGUUGAACCGACUCCAAGUCAUCAGAGAAAGCCCUUUCCCCAGGAACUCAAGCACUGACCCUACACCAUCAGUGUUCUCUGAGUCUUCGGACUUUGACCCUGCAGGCCCAUCUCUGUUGACUGACGUCAGCCCUUUCCUACCAGAGCAGAACCUGAACCAGGCCUCGGGGCUGCUGUUCUCUGAGAGUCAACAGAGAGACCUAUUAGGGCUGCUGGAGUGUACAGAGAUCGGGGUUCCCCAGCCCAGUCCCUCUGAUACCCAUGUUCUUCCUUACAUGGCCCGGAGAGAAGAGAUGGAUGCGGUGGUGUCUGUCUCCUACAACCAGGAGGACGGGGAGAGGUUCUGGGACCACUUUGGGAACAGCGGGCGGCUGCGCCACAUAGAUGACUCCGUUGACUCUAUCCCCGAGGAUGAGGUCCCAGAGCCUGUGUGGAUGAAGUUAGGGGAGGAGGCUCCAGAGGAGGUCAACGAUGCAGAGAACAGUGAGCGGGGCACAGAGGACCACCCAGCCUAUAAAGAUGUGCCUGGCCCCUGUGACCCAGAUGACCUCCUGGAUGGGGUCAUAUUUGGGGCCAAGUACCUGGGCUCCACCCAGCUCAAGUCUGACAAGAACCCUUCCACCAACGCCCGAAUGAAACAGGCCCAAGAGGCUGUGGACAGGAUCAAAGCCCCAGAGGGAGAGUCUCAGCCUAUGACUGAGGUGGAUCUCUUCAUCUCCACUCAGCGCAUCAAGGUCCUCAGCGCAGACACACAGGAGGCCAUGAUGGACCACCCUCUCCAGAUGAUCUCCUACAUCGCAGACAUCGGCAGCAUCGUGGUCCUGAUGGCCCGCAGGAAGCCGGCCGUGGGCCGUAAAGGCCAGGAGGAGAACCCCACCGGGGCCAACUCCCCCGGGCCACAGAAAAAGUGUUGCAUGAUCUGCCAUGUGUUUAACUCCGAUGAUGCACAGGUGAUCGCUCAGGCGAUUGGCCAGGCCUUCGGUGUGGCCUACCAGCAGUUCCUCCAUGCCAACGGCAUCAAGGCCAGCGAGCUAAAGCCCAGCGAGUACAGUGACUACUUGGGCACACAGGAGCUCUACAACGGAGACCUGGUGCACUUUUCUGAUUCAGAUAACAUCAGAGAGGUGUCCAUCUCCAAGGCUCCUGGGGAGAUAGUGGGGGUGGCGGUGGUGGAGUCGGGCUGGGGGUCCAUCCUUCCCACGGUGGUGGUGGCCAACCUACUCCACGGUGGCCCUGCAGAGCGCUGCGGGGCCCUCAGCAUUGGAGACCGCAUCAUGUCUGUCAAUAGCACCAGCCUUGUGGGCCUCCCCAUAACCACCUGCCAGAGUAUCAUACGGGAUUUGAAAAACCAAGCCGAGGUGAAGCUCAGUAUUGUCCACUGCCCUCCCGUCACCAUGGCUAUAAUCAAGCGACCGGACCCAAAAUUUCAGUUGGGCUUCAGUGUGGAGGACGGUAUUAUCUGCAGUCUGAUGCGUGGAGGGAUUGCGGAGAGAGGUGGCAUCCGGGUUGGACACCGCAUCAUUGAAAUCAACGGGCAGAGUGUGGUAGCCACUCCUCACGAGAAGAUCAUCCACAUUUUGACUAACGCAGUCGGGGAGAUUCACUUGAAGACAAUGCCAGCCUCUACAUAUCGCCUUCUAACGGGACAAGAUACGCCAGUAUUUCUCUGAGAGAACGGAGAAGAGUGCUGCUGCGCUCACAAGCAAACGAGCUAUACGCAAGCCAUUCUCCAACUAUACACAGGCCAUUCUCCAACUAUACACAGGCCAUUCUCCAACUAUACACAGGCCAUUCUCCAACUAUACACAGGCCAUUCUCCAACUAUACACAGGCCAUUCUCCAACUAUACACAGGCCAUUCUCCAACUAUACACAUGCUCACUUGCAGCCUCAUUCUAUUUUUUUCUCCCCAUAUGCAAUUGUACUGUAUCAGCUGGCUAUUGAUACACAUAAAGGGGUUCUCCACCUGUACAGAAUAUUUGAUGUAUGUAUGUUGGAAUUACAUGAUGAUACAGCACAUUUUGAUUUAAAAAAAAAUAAAACGCAGUUUAUAUUUAUGAGAUGUUUUAAAGCAAAUGAUAACUAAGAUUGGCAAUAGGAAAAGUUAGGUUAUUUUUCGACUAUACUAAGCAUCUUAACAGGAUGAGUACGUACAAUUGUCUUCUUCCACUGCUCUUUAGUUGCAGAUGUGCCUCCGUUGAACUUGAGUUAAUGGAGAGAAGCCUUACUUAAGGAAAAUAUCUCUUGUUGUUUCGUGCUUCCCGCCUCAUUCUAUUUUGGUAUUUUAUUAGGAUCCCCAUUAGCUGUUGCAAAAGCAGCAGCUACUCUUCCUGGGGUCCACACAAAACAUAAUACAGAACAUCAUUAGACAAGAACAGCUCAAGGACAGAACUACAUACAUUUAAAAAAAGGCACAUGUAGCCUACAUAUCAAUGCAUACACAAACUAGGUCAAAUAGGGGAGAGGUGUUGCUUUAUCUGUUUUUUGAAACCAGGUUUGCUGUUCAUUUGAGCAUUAUGAGAUGGAAGGAAGUUCCAUGCAAUUAGGGCUCUAUAUAAUACUCUACGUUUUCUUGAAUUUGUUCUGGAUUUGGGGACUAUGAAAAGACCUAUGGUGGCAUGUCUGGUGGGUCAGACCUGUGUGUAAGUUGACUAUGCAAACAAUUUUGGGAUUUUCAACACUGUUUCUUAUAAAAAUAAGUGAUUGCAGUCAGUCUCCCCUCAACUCUUAACCAAGAGAGACUGGCAUGCAUAGUAUUUAUAUCAGCCCUCUGAUUACAUUAAGAGCUAAACGUGCCGCUCUGUUCUGGACCAGCAGCAGCUUAACUAGGUCUUUCCUUGCAGCACUGGACCACACUACUGUACAAUAAUCAAGAUUAGACAAAACUAGAGCCUGCAGAACUUGCUUUUUGUAGUGUGGUGUCAAAGCAGAGCAUCUCAAUGUCAUUGACUAACAUGCAUGUCAACUGGCGACUAAAUGAGUUUUAAAUUAUUACACUGUAUCUCUGAACGGUGUACUAUUAAAAUGCUGAAAGAUGUAUUUUGCAUGCCAUUCCCUAUUCCCAUUUCAGUGCCUGGAAGAAUUCAUAACGUUGACUUCUGUAUUUGCAGAAUCAAAGGUAACUUAGCGUUAGAAAGAUAUGUUUUUAAUGACUGCAGUUUUGGAUGUUUUAUUAAAUUCGAUCUAUCCCUGGCAA